GUAAACUUCAUUAACAGCAUCUACAUCGUUUCGUUUUUCUGUUAUCACUCAUCGUGUACCCUCAGCAUUUUGGUCUAAAAUCACUAUCACCAAGUGUAAACUCAUUGAUCACCUCGCUUCGAUAGCCAAGUAUCUUCUCAGUAAGAAGCCGCGUUUCUAAUCAUAACCUCAUCGCUCGACAAAUAAAAGCGUGCAUCUAAUUAAACCGAUCCGAACAUGUCGAAGAGUCAGGGAAAUGUCCCGAAUCGCCUAGGCUUGAAUUAUGGGGCUAAAGCAAGCAAAGCAAGUAAAGUGAAUGAAAAUCCGACACUACCUGCUCAGAAGAUGCAAGACAAGAUCAAGGAGUUGGAACGACGUUUAGAGGAACAAUUCAGUCAGAGUGAGAAGAUGCAAGAUAAUAUCGAGGGGUUGGAACGACGCUUAGAGGAGCAAUUCAAUCAAAGUGAGAAGAUGCAGGAUCAGAUAAAGGUGUUGGAACGGCAUUUAGAGGAACGAUGCAAUCAAAAUGAGUCGAUAGAGAAGACCCGAGAUCAGAAAUCUGAAUACUGCAAUAGUCAAACAAAGAAGCUGGGUGAGACAGUCAAGAAAUUGGCUACCUUGGCAUUGCAGUUAAAGAAUCGCAUUGAUGAAGAUAGCCAAAGACAAAAUCGAGAAAGGGAGGCCCAGGAUAAAAUACAGGAUGUCCAGAGUGCAAUGCAAAAGAUCCUUGCCACCAUCAUGGAACAGCAGCACAAGCAUAUAUCGGACAUGAUUGAGUUUCAAAUUCAGCUACCAGCUUCGAUACGAGGAGAAUAGUCUAUUCAACAAGUAUUCGGCCUGGAACCACUGCUCGGAAAAACUCCAGAAGUAGACGUCAAACCUACCCGGUAUGAACAGGACGAUGCGAAACAUUCCAAAAAGACUAAGACGAAGACCUGAUUAGAAAGGAAUGAUCUAGUGAAUGGACCAACAAGAAGAGUGACGGUUGGUGUGGAGAGACGAAGGAGUAAAAAACUUAAUAAUAUGUGUAUCGGUCGUUGUUCCAAAGAAUCUAGAGUAGUGUGAAAAGAGAACAAUGCUUCUCAGACUUCACUUUAUGAUUCACUUCAUUCCGGGACACGCCAAUUUCAAUAGAUUAGCGAAUAGCCAACCAAAAAUCACAAUUCAAUCCGUCGUA